GUUUACGUCAGCCCGCCAUUUUAUUUUGUGAUCACAGUAACACUAAGCUAGCGGCAGACAGGUAUUAUUCGGAGCACGCGCGGGGCCCCGAGACGCGGUGUGUGUUUUACCUACAAUUUGAACUGGUUUAUUCAGAGAGAGGUGGUCCCGGAGACCUGCAGACACAGCCCGGUCCUUCCUCCGGUCCAUGGUCUGAAUUUUGUCUGUAAAGCGGAGGAGAGAAGGUGAAAGAUGACGCAGUUUCUACCCCCGAACCUGUUGGCUUUAUUUGCCCCACGGGACCCUAUUCCCUUCCUGCCUCAGCUUGCGAAGCUGCCCCAUGAGAAGCAUCACAACCAGCCAUACAGCGGCAUUGCUCCGUUCAUCAGGCACUUCGAGGACCCACGAGAUGCCCCACCUCCGACCCGAGCUGAGACCAGAGAGGAGCGGCUGGAGAGAAAGAGGCGAGAGAAGAUUGAGAGGAGGCAAACUGUGAUGGAGACAGAACUGAAGCUUUGGGACCCACAUAAUGACCCUAACGCGCAAGGGGAUGCCUUCAAGACACUGUUUGUUGCACGAGUGAACUACGAUACCACAGAGUCCAAGCUUCGCCGUGAGUUUGAGGUCUAUGGCCCCAUCAAACGGAUUUACAUUGUGUACAACAAGAGGACGGGGAAACCUCGAGGCUACGCCUUCAUUGAGUAUGAGCAUGAGCGGGACAUGCACUCCGCCUACAAACACGCAGACGGGAAGAAGAUUGACGGCAGGAGAGUGCUGGUGGACGUGGAGCGAGGGCGCACUGUCAAAGGAUGGCAUCCUCGCAGGCUAGGUGGAGGAUUGGGUGGCACCAGGAGAGGUGGAGCUGAUGUCAACAUCAAGCACUCUGGCCGAGACGAUGCUUCACGUUACGAUGAUCGUCCUCUUGGGGGUGAUCGAGAGAGAGGAGGACCUGGUGGUGUGGGAGCAGGAGCAGGAGGAGGAGGAGGAGGUGGAGGAGGAGGAGGUGGUGGAGGUGGAGGUGAACGAGGAGAAAGAGGAGAGCGGAGGGAGCGCAGCAGGGAGCGAGACAGGGACAGGGAUAGAGAGCGCAGGAGGUCCAGAUCCAGGGAACGCCGCAGACGCACUCGUUCCAGAGAGAGGGAAAGAGCUGCUCCAGCAGUACCAGCAGGAGAGGAGGGAGGCGGUACUGGCAGGCGUAGAGAGCGAGAGAGGGAGCGCGGUGGAGGAGACGACAGCAGGAGCAGGGAGAGGAGUCGAGAAAGGAAGAGGAGGAGCAGGAGCAGAGAUCGCAAGAGAGACAGGGACAGAGGAAAGGGUAUGGAUGGAGAAGAGGGAGGACAGGGAGACGGGCCCCCUGAAGGCGGGGAGCGUAUGCUGGAGGAGCAUGAUGGAGAGGCGGGGGAGGGUGUGGAGGAGCGCAGGGACAGAGACCGGGACAGGGACCGCGACCGCAGACGCAGCCACAGGGACAGAGACACGCAGCAGGGAGAUAGGGACAGAGACCGGGAGCACAAAAGGGAGAGGGGGGAUAGAGAGAAAGGGGAGCGCAGAGAGGAAAGGCACCUGCGAGACGACAUGGGCGCCCAGGACGAGCUGGGCCCUGAGGAGGAGGAGGGGGAGGGGGGUGCACCUCCGAACAUGGAGGAGUACAGCCAGGACGGGAUGACUGAGCCGCAGUCGGUGCCUUCAGCCGACGGUUACAACUCUGGAGAGAACGGAUACAAGAUAGAGGCAGCAGGAGAUGAGUACUGAGACCUCCUCACACACAAAUAAGUCCAUUCAUACUGUCGAUAAAGUGAGUGAGGACGUAUUUUAUAAUUAUUGUCUGCAUAAUUCACCGCUCACAGCUGAUUUGGUCCUCCGCAAAACGAAAUCCGUGCCACUAAAUGUCCUCAGAUCAGUGACGUCAUUUUAUUUUUUUGGAUGAACUGUAAAAAAUACCAGCUUGUUUUGACAAAGUGUGGACUGUUUGACUUCCAGAUUUAUGAAGCCAUUCGAUUUUACUGGCCCAGUUUCUGAUCUCUGUAUGUGAAAUAGAAGGAAGUGUAGUAAUGUGACCAAGAGGCUGUUCUGUUUAUUCAUUCUGGAAUAAAUUCUUUUUUUUUUUAA